AGGACCAAGUUUGAGGAGGGAUUAGGAAAGUACUUUGUUUCGUUAUAACUGAAGUUCUUGCAUGCAGCGUUCGCUUCUGACAACACAACUCUUAGAAUCGCCUGUCAAAAUGGGGUAUCUGACAAAAAUCCUAUUUGCUAGUGUCUGUGUCGUUUUCCUAGCUGUAAGGUGGACUGGACCCAGGUUUGAUCCAGAGUCUCUGAAAGGUGCCCGGGUGCUGGUGACCGGAGCCAGUACAGGUAUUGGUGAACAGAUGGCAUAUCAUUAUGCCCGUUUUGGAGCCCAGAUUGUUAUUACAGCAAGGAGAGAGAAAGUGUUACAGCAGGUGGCAGAAAAGUGCCUGAGUUUGGGAGCCCAGAAAGCUCUCUACAUAGCAGCAGACAUGGGCAGUGAGUCUGACCCUGACAAAGUAGUAGAUUUUGCUGUGGAGAAGCUGGGAGGGUUGGAUUACCUGGUCCUCAACCACAUUGGUCCUACCCCCUUUAGCAUGUGGGAUGGAGAUGUGGAACACACAAGGACUCUGAUGAAGGUCAAUUUCUUCAGCUAUAUUCAGAUGGCUUGGAGAGCCUUGCCCUCCCUAGAGCAAAGUAAAGGGGCUCUGGUUGUGGUUUCAUCUCUUUUGGGUAAAAUGACCAGUCCCUUUGUGGCACCAUACUCCUCAACGAAAUUUGCCUUGAAUGGGUUCUUUGGGUCCCUUCACCACGAACUGGCCUUGAAGAAGAGCAACGUUUCCAUCUCUAUAUGCACACUUGGGCUCAUUGAUACCGAAUCGGCUAUGGAGAAAGUCAGCGGAGUCACUAAGAUAUCAGCCUACCCCGCCACAGAAGCAGCAUUGAACAUCAUCAUCACAGGAGCUACAAGACAGCUGGACCUUUUCUACCCGUGGUUCACACAGGCCGUGGUUCUUAUCAAAGAUUGGUUCCCAUCUAUCACAGACUAUUUUAUCCAAAACUCAUACGAGUACAGUCCAUGAAGAACAUUUACUGUAAGCUCUGUUAUACAGUUAAUGUUUGGGCCCUGAUCUCUGACUUUUGAGUUUCCAGUUAUAAAAUGUCAACAGGAAAAAAACAACAACAUAUAGCUCGGGUGUGUUCAAUGCACAGCAUGGCUGCUGUUAUGAAACGCUCCGUACCAGUCAUUACAAAUUCAGAAAGAAAUACCUGGUUAGCUUGUGCAACUCAUGCAAGAAACACACUUUCUGUUACAUUUGUUGUCAUAUAACAGUGGAAAUAACUGACAUGAAACAAGGGGAGAAGAGGGAGAAAUGACUUGCAACAGACCAUAGAAGUAUAGGAGAAUACAAAAAAAAGUUUAUUCAGUUAUAUAUUAAAGCUAUGGAGAGAUAACGAAAACUCUUCCAGAAACCGAGGCAACAAAUUUAGCAGCACUAGUUCCAUCUGUCAGUCCCCAUGACAAAUCUCCAUCCAACUUCAUCCAACAUUUAGCUCUACAGAUUGUACGGCCUUGAUGCAUGAACACAUACACAUGUCAUGAUAUGGUAAUAAUCAUGGCCUAUCACUGGCUUGAGCAUGGGUGACCAGAUUACCAAAAUGGAAAUCAGUCACCCUGUUUUAAGGCAGGGUGACCUAACACACACAGGACUUGAUUUGAUUUGUUGUUUUACUCUGGAAGUUUAGCAUCUUAUUUAAGCUGUCAAAGCUCUGCAUGCGUCAUAUCAACAGUGCAUGGACGUUUUCAGACUUUAUUUGACUUUAUUAUACCGUGAAGAAGUGACAGUGUGGGUCAGAAUCAGUACCAUGUUCCUUCAACCAAAUAAAGAUUUAAAAGAUGCACAACGUCACCACUAGUGGUGCUGUUGUGUAGUGUGGAGUCAUGCGUUCCUCCCCCUUGUUGUAGCAGAAUCAGCAAGAAAUUUGUGUCAUUAUUAUUCUGUCAUGAGUAAUGAAGAUUUUUGCACAUUUGUUCAGUCUUGUUUGUAGACACUGACCUGAUCAGCAUGCGGUAUAUGUGGCCUGACUCAAUAAAUCAAACUUAACACCGAA